GAAUCAGACACAAGUUUGGCAGAAGGAAGUGUCAGCUGCUUAGAUGAAAGUCUUGGACAUAACAGCAACAUGGGCAGUGAUUCAGGCACCAUGGGAAGUGAUUCAGAUGAAGAGAAUGUGGCAGAAAGAGCAUCUUCUGAGCCAGAACUGCAUCUCAGGCCUUACCAAAUGGAAGUCGCCCAACCAGCCUUGGAGGGGAAAAAUAUCAUUAUAUGCCUCCCUACAGGGAGUGGGAAAACCAGAGUGGCUGUUUACAUUGCCAAGGAUCACUUGGACAAGAAGAAAAAAGCAUCUGAACCUGGAAAAGUUAUAGUCCUUGUCAAUAAGGUGGCACUAGUUGAACAGCUCUUCCGCAAAGAGUUUGAACCAUUUUUGAAGAAAUGGUAUCAUACAAUUGGAUUAAGUGGAGAUACCCAAUUAAAAAUAUCAUUUCCAGAAGUUGUCAAAACCUAUGAUGUUAUCAUCAGUACAGCUCAAAUCCUUGAAAACUCCCUUUUAAAUUCAGAAAAAGGAGAAGAUGAUGGUGUCCAGUUUUCAGACUUUUCCCUCAUCGUCAUUGAUGAAUGCCAUCACACCAACAAAGAAGCAGUCUAUAAUAACAUCAUGAGGCGUUACUUGAAACAGAAGUUGAAAAACAAUAAACUCAAGAAAGAAUGCAAACCAGUGAUUCCUCUACCUCAGAUACUAGGACUAACAGCUUCACCAGGUGUUGGAGGAGCCAAAAGGCAAGCUGAAGCCAAGGAACACAUUUUAAAAAUAUGUGCCAAUCUCGAUGCAUGUACCAUUAAAACUGUGAAAGAAAAUAUUGAUCAACUCAAAGACCAAAUAAAAGAGCCAUGCAAAAAGUUUGCAAUUGCAGAUGACACCAGAAAAGAUCCAUUUAAAGAUAAACUUUUAGAAAUAAUGAACAAGAUUCAAAGUUUUUGCCAAAUGAGUCCAAUGCCAGAUUUUGGAACUCAACCCUAUGAACAAUGGACCACUCAAAUGGAAAAAAAAGCUGCACGAGAAGGAAAUCGCAAAGAACGUGUUUGUGCAGAGCAUUUGAGGAAGUACAAUGAGGCCCUACAAAUUAAUGAUACAAUUAGAACAAUUGAUGCAUAUAAUCACCUUGAAGCUUUCUAUAAUGAUGAGAAAGAGAAGAAGUAUGCGGUCCAAGAAGAUGAUAGUGAUGAGAGUGGUGAGGAUGGUGAUGGUGAUGGCGAUGAAGAUGAAGAUGAUGAAAAGAAACCUUUGAGCCUGGAUAGGACAGAUAGAUUUCUCAUGGAUUUAUUUUCUGAAAACAGGAGACUGUUGAAAAAGCUGGCUGAAAACCCAAAACAUGAAAAUGAAAAGCUGACCAAAUUAAGAAACACCAUAAUGGAACAAUAUACAAGGACUGAGGAAUCGGCCCGAGGAAUAAUUUUCACAAAAACACGACAGAGUGCAUAUGCCCUUUCUCAGUGGAUUACUGAAAAUAAAAAAUUUGCAGAAGUAGGAGUCAAAGCCCAUCAUCUGAUUGGAGCUGGACACAGCAGUGAGUUCAAGCCCAUGACACAGAAUGAACAAAAAGAAGUCAUUAGUAAAUUCCGCACAGGAAAAAUAAAUCUGCUCAUCGCUACCACAGUGGCAGAAGAAGGUCUGGAUAUUAAAGAAUGUAAUAUCGUUAUUCGUUACGGCCUCGUCACUAAUGAAAUAGCCAUGGUCCAGGCCCGUGGUCGAGCCAGAGCUGAUGAGAGCACCUACGUCCUGGUUGCCCACAGUAACUCAGGAGUUAUUGAACGUGAGAUAGUUAACGAUUUCCGAGAGAAAAUGAUGUAUAAAGCUAUAGACCAUGUUCAAAAUAUGAACCCAGGGGAGUAUGCUCGUAAGGUAUUGUUUUUGGCCCUUUGAAUUUAUUUUUCACUUUAAAGUGGCUGCAUGUGGUUGCCAUUGAUAGCUAAGUGGCUAAGUCUCAAGACAGAAAUUGUGCUGAAUUUUAAGUUCCAGUUGGGAUGAGCUGUGCUUAGUCCAGAUUCACAUACAAAGAAUCAAGAUCUGUGAUGGGCAGAAAUUGUCAGGCUGCUGUUCCAGUGAAACCAACCAUAAACUUUGAUGAUAUAAAUUUAGUCUGCCCUUGAUCAGAAACACUAGUAUGUCUCACCCACUCAAGGCAACCUGGUAAUUUUGGUUUGGUUCAAUCUGUUUGUACAGGCACAAGUUUUUCAUUCCAGAAAUCUCUAUGAAGUGCCUACUGUGUGCCAGGCAAUGUUCUAGAAAGAGAGAACAUGGUAGCAAAUAACACAGACAGAUCCCUGCUGCAUGAGGCUUAUAGAGUAUACAUAAUGAGAUUUGAGGAGGAGAAGCAAGAAACAGAAAUGAAGCAAGAAAUGCAUCCCACAAGGAUAAAUGCUACAGAAUUAGAAUAAGACAAUAUGAAACAAGUCAUUAGAUGAAUACUGUAUAGAUUGGGUAUUUGGGGAAAGUCUCUUAGAAGGAGUGACAUUGAGGCUAGAUACAUAAUAUGUCAUCGGCUUCAUCUCAAUUUACUAGCGUAGAGUCAUUUGAGCUGCAGGAGGAAUGCAGUGAAGGAAGAAUGCAUUUCUACAAUAUUUCAGGAAAUCCCCCAUACCACUGAAUUAAAGACUGUAACUACUAUAAUAGCAAACAAUCCAUUUAGAAGAAAAUUCACACCCUUGCAUAUGGGUGUGAAUGUUAGUUUCUUAACAUUGGAAUUGGCUCUACCCUAAAUAGAGUUUCACGAAAGGGAUGCUUUUAAAUUGGUGUGCAUUGCUAUAACCAACUCCAAGGUUUCCUGGCCAGGUUUCUACACAAACUUAUAUUUUAAAACCCCUUUAAAUGUAAGGCAAACCAAACAUUUGGUAAUGUCAAAUCAAACAUCUGUGGCCAAAUAAUGUCACUGGAAAGUUAAUCCAGUGAAUAUUUUCAAAGAUUGAUGUUUCAAGACGAGGUGUUUUGGGUAAACUCUAGGCCAUCUCCAGAGUUUAUGAGUCGAAAUUUUCCAGAUUAUGCCUACAGUAAGAUACAGUCUCUUUGGGGGCCCCAGAAUCAACUACCUUUUUAGGUUUCCUUUGGCUAAGAGACCUGCCUUCCUAAAGCUACUCCAGGCUGACAAACUCAGAGCAGGGACGGCAAUGAUGCAGGGGCACAUUCCACUACUGUUCUGUUUGGCUCCCUUGGCAGACAUCUCUACAGCAGACAUCGCUACUAGGUCCCAGCACUCCCUUCUUCUGAGUUAAGAAUCCUUUUCAACACAAUUUUCAGGCAGCCGCUAAUAAAUGGUGAGCACUGACACAGAAGGUGAGGUCUGUUUUCCAUGCCUUAUACAGAAUUUGUACCUAACUGAAAGCCUUUAAAUCAAACUUCUAGAAACAAUGUGAAGAUUUGAAGCAUUUUCCCUAACAAUGACUCAACAACUUUUCCCACAUCAUUACAUUAUUUUUUAAUUUUUUAAAAAAUUUUUUAAAGAUUUUAUUUAUUUAU